AUGCAAAAUAUAUUAAUAUUCGCAUUGCUAUGUUUGGCUAGCUCUGCUGUAGCGAACUUCGAUUACUUGAUGUUCACGACGAUUAAUCCAGUCGCAGUUUGUAGAGCUGAUGAUGACACUGUACCCAAUUCUUGUGAAAUUCCUUCUGGAACUCCAGAAUGGACCAUUCAUGGACUGUGGCCCAACUAUGAUAAUGGAUCGUAUCCUCAAUUUUGUCAAGGAAUUCCAAAACAUUUCAAUGAAAGUCUUAUCAAACCAAUUGAAGAUGAAAUGAAGAAAUUUUGGCCAAAUUUAUACCCGAAAAAGACAGUUAAAUCAUUUUGGAAACACGAAUACGACAAGCAUGGCACAUGUGCACAAAGUGACGAAAAAUUCAGCACCGAAUUCAAAUAUUUCAAAAUGAUUUUGGACAUUUAUAAAAAAUUGAACAUCUCAAAAGCAAUGUCGUUGAUUGGAAAAUCGGAGAAAUCUAUAAAUCGCAAAGUGUUCGAAAGGACCAUCGGAACUGCUAUUGGCGGGAAACACUUUGAAUUCAAUUGUCUCAAAGAUAAAAAGACAUCGCAAUGGCUUCUUGGAGAUAUUCGGAUCUGUUUAGACAAGGAUCUGACUAUUCGCGAUUGUCCCGAUCAUCAUUCUAAUCUUGUUGCCAACCGAUUCCGAACGCGUAAGAAUCACCAUAAGAAAACGUCUCUCAAUUAUCAGCCAUUGCCAACCUUCCAGAAAUGCCCGCAGGAGUUCAUUUAUCUUCCAUCGGACGCACAAUAUAAACGUAUUAUGAACCUGCGCAAAUUGAUGGAAAUUUUGAGAAACAACGACUAA